AUGAGGCCAGCGCUUGCCCUCUGUCUCCUUUGGCAGGUAUUCUGGACCCCGAGAGGUCGGGCUGAGCACCCCACCGCCGACCGUGCGGGCUGCUCGGCCUCGGGGGCCUGCUAUAGCUUGCACCACGCGACCAUCAAGCGGGUGGCGGCCCAGGAGGCCUGCAACUUGCGAGGCGGAGCGCUCAGCACCGCGCACGAAGGUGCAGAAUUGCGCGCGGUGCUCGAGCUCGUGCGGGCCGGCCCCGGGCCGGGAGGAGGCUCCAAAGACUUGCUUUUUUGGGUGGCCCUGGAGCGAGGGCGCUCCAACUGCACCCUUGAGAAGGAGCCGCUGCGGGGCUUCUCCUGGUUGUCGUCGGAGGUCGGUAACUCCGACCAUGACUCGACUACUCCAACGUUGCAUUGGGUAGAGGAGCCUCAGCGCUCCUGCACAGCGCGAAAGUGUGCGGGGCUUCAGGUCUCUAGAGGGGUGGAUCCCGCAGGCUGGAAGGAGAUGAAGUGCCACCAGCGUGCCAAUGGCUACUUGUGCAAGUACCAGUUUGAGGGGCUGUGCCCUGCGCCGCGCCCCGGGGCCGCAUCGAACUUGAGCUACCGCGCGCCUUUCCAGCUGCACAGCGCCGCCUUGGACUUCAGUCCGCCCGGGACCGAGGUGAGUGCCGUCUGUCCCGGGCCAAUCUCCGUGACAGCCACCUGCAUCGCGGACGAGGGCGGCUGGCACUGGGACGGGAUCGACCCCGGGAGUCCUCUCUGUCCCUGUACCGGGCCCUACCUCCGGGCGGGCAAGUGCGCGCAGCUGGAAGAGUGCCUGGAUAACUCUGGAGGCUUCAGCUGCGAGUGCGCUCCUGGCUUCUUUCUGGGCAAAGACCGACGCUCUUGUGUGACCCAAGAGGCAGCACAGUGGCCAACUCCAGGAGGGACCCAGGUGCCCGACCCACUGACACCACUCACCGCAGCGAGCCCCGUCUCCGUCUCCAAGAAACCUGACUUGCCUAGCGUCCACCAGGAGCUUGGAGAGGUCCCCGGACUAGGCGGCUCAACCACGUCUGCUCCUGAGAUUCCCUUUUGGGGAACAAAGAGCACAACCCCUGCCCUUCAGAUGACUUCACAAACCUCCAUGACAAAAGACACUGUCCCCUCUGUAAGACUGACGACUCCUAUGUUUAAUUCCACAUCUUCCCCGGCCGCCCCCCAAGUGUUCGACUCCUCCACCGUGGUCCUUAUUCUUGUGUCAGUCGCUAUAGUUGUGUUGGUGAUCUUAACCAUGACAGUACUGGGCCUUUUCAAACUUUGCUUCCACAAGAGCCCUUCCUCGCAGUCCAACAAGGGACAGCUGACCCGAUCAGAGUUGGAGAAAGGGGCUCAGGAAGCCCGUCUGAGUUCUACUUCUGGGUCUAGGCCUGACCAGGGGUGAAUGCA